CUUGCUUUACAGGAAACUGUUCAAUACUGUUAUCUGUUUCAGACAGUUUCACAAGUACCUACACCUUCUCCCAAAAAAAUCUCAGACACGAAGACAGAACUUCAAGGAACCUCUACUAUAGACUACUGUGGCUGGUCUGCUGAUGAGACGAUUGCUGCUAUCAAAAACAAGAGCGUGACCGCCCGAGAGUACAUCUCGAGUGUCUUGAAUCGCGCAGAAAAGACCAAAUCAUUGAACGCCUUCAUCAACUUGCUACCAGAAUACGCUCUGUCCACUGCGGACAAAGUAGACAGCGCCAUAGCUGCCGGUAAUCCACCACCUCUUGCCGGUCUGGCGAUCGUCGUCAAAGACAACAUCAACUUGGCCGGAUUUCCCACGACUGCCGGAACAGCCGCUCUGCAGCACCACCGGCCGUCCACAACAGCACCCAGCCUCGAGAAACUCAUCGCCGCUGGGGCAAUAGUAAUCGGAAAGACGAACUUGCAUGAAUUAUCAUUGGGGGUAACCAGCACAAACCUCCAACCAUUCGCCGGCCCAGCACGGAAUCCAUACGACAAACACAGAAUUCCUGGUGGAUCCUCAGGUGGUACAGCUGUUGCGAUAGCUUCCCGAGUGGUCACUUGUGGACUGGGAACGGAUACAGGGGGCUCCCUAAGGAUACCAGCGGCAUUGACCGGGAUUGUAGGUUUUCGUCCAUCUGUUGGGGACGGAGGAAUUGAGCGUCGGUAUCAUGACAGCGGUUUUGUCGUGCAAUUAAGUAACACUCGUGACACUGUUGGACCCAUGGGACGCAGUGUGUCAGAAAUUUCGCUUCUGAGCUCUAUUAUCACAGGUCAACCGCGUGUUAUUGCAACUGAGCUGCGAGGUCUACGUUUUGGCGUCCCUCCUGUCUUGUGGUCAGGCCUCGAUGAAGAAGUUGAUAGAAUCUCCGCUGAAGCUAGAAUGAAACUCUUAAAAGCAGGGGUUAUCUUGGUUGAUGAUGAUAUUCCCAACCUCCUUAGUUUUGACAAGGCUGUUGGAGGGAUAAUAGUCUCUCACGAGGCUAAAAGUGCCAUACCAGCAUACCUAGCUGCAUCGAACAUCAGUAAUGUUAGUCUGAGGGACAUUUACGACGGGAUCGCUAGUCCAGAUGUUAAAGCCGUUUUUAAGACUAUUCUGAAUGGCACGCAUGAGAGAGAAUAUAGAGAAAUUAUGACAGUAACCCGUCCUGCUCUCCAGAAGUUGUACGCUGACUAUUUCUCUCAAAAGCGUGUUGAUGCUAUAAUGUGCCCAACAACAAUUCUACCUGCCACUCUCAUCGAUCACACCCACGGCUCUGGUGACAUUUCCAUCAACGGGGGAUCACCUGUCAAUGCUUUCAGUAGCUACAUAAGAAAUACAAGUCCAGCAGGGAGCGUUGGUAUCCCUGCACUGAGUAUUCCUGUGGGAAUGACAGCUCAUGGUUUGCCAGUUGGAAUCAACUUUGAUGGCCCUCUUGGCAGAGAUGAUCGAUUAAUUUCUAUUGGACUUGCGAUCGAGAAAAUCUUUGGUUCCUUGCCACCUCCGAAUGCAUAGUGCAGUCGUUUUAAUGAUAAAUAUUGUCAAACAUUAGUUUGGCUGAGACGGUAUCGAGAAGCGCACCGAAAAUGGAACAGACAACUUUAAAUAACACUCGAAUUGUAAAUAUUAUAUAUACUCGCGCAUGGGUGCCUUAUGUACUAAGCAAAA